AUGGGGCUUUCCAAGAGUCAGAGAAUCGCUAUCUUGCUGGCCAUUGAUUCAGUAUUCUUUUUGAUCGAGCUGGUUAUUGGUUAUGCAGUACACUCACUUGCCCUCGUCGCCGAUUCCUUCCACAUGCUCAACGAUGUCCUGUCUCUUUGUGUCGGAUUAUGGGCUGUCCGUGUCGCCAAUACUGGCAGCUCCAAGAUGUACACCUAUGGUUGGCAGCGCGCUGAAACACUAGGUGCUUUGGUCAACGGCGUUUUCUUGGUGGCACUCUGCUUGUCCAUCUUUCUCGAGGCAAUACAGCGUUUCGUUGAACCACAAGUCGUUAGCAACCCAAAGUUGGUUCUCAUAGUCGGAUGUCUUGGUCUCGCCUCCAAUAUCCUCGGCUUGUUCCUUUUCCACGAUCACGGACACAGUCACGGCGGCGGUGGUGGCGAGGGCGACGGCAUAAAAUCUGCAGAGGAGGGCCACGGUCAUAGCCAUGUUCAUGCAGACGGAGACACACAAGCAGUCGCAGAUGAAAGUGGCAACAUUGAAGACAUCCUUCCUCAAGUUCGUGUCGCUGGAUUUAACGGUUCCUCUGGCAAGCGGUUCUCUCGGUCAGAUGAGGAAAACACCACCAUCUCCGCACCUUCACCCAAUGCAUCUCACCGCAGAUCGGUCGUCAGUAAUAACGAGGUCCAUGGGCGGCAUAGACGAAGGGCUUCCGGAUCAUUUGGUCGUGGUUUUGGCUCGGUUGACAAUAUCCACAUUCACCCUGCUUCAUUCCGCCAGGAUAUUAUCCAAGCGGCACGAGUGGAAGAAGAAUCCGAGUCUGAUCCAGAAGCGGAAGCUUUGUUGGAUGAUAAUGAUCUGCCUAACGAGCGAUCUAAGAUCUUGCCCGACGGUCACUCUUCUCCAACACAAGGCCAUAAAAGUUUCUCCGGAUAUGGAAGCAUUGGUAAGAAGAGAGCCAGCACCCACUACGACCAUGACGAUCACAACCACAAUCAAUCCAAAGAUUCCCACGAUGGACACGGUCAUGGCGGCCACGGUGGUCAUGGACACUCUCACGGUGAUCUCAACAUGAGAGGCGUCUUCCUACACGUCAUGGGUGAUGCUUUAGGUAACAUCGGUGUGAUUGGUUCGGCACUGAUCAUCUGGCUUACUACAUUCCCUGGUCGCUAUUACUGCGAUCCCGCAAUUUCGUUGGUCAUCACGGUCAUCAUCCUUUGCAGUGCUAUACCAUUGUGCAAAGCAGCGAGCCGCAUUCUGCUGCAAGCAGUCCCUGUGGGCAUGUCGAUUGAUGAAAUCACGGCUGAUAUAGAAUCAUUGCCUCGUGUGAUUGAAGCUCAUCAUCUCCAUGUCUGGCAAUUGAAUGAUACAAAAUUGGUUGCUAGUCUUCACGUCAAGGUUGAUUGCGAGGUCGAGGGUUCCGGAUCAGCUAGCUAUAUGCAUCUAGCUCGCGAAAUCAGGAGCUGUCUUCACGCCUACGGAAUCCACAGCUCAACUAUCCAGCCUGAGUUCUACAGCCCAGAUAGCCCCGACUCUCCGUCUGGAUCGACCGCGGUUGCUAACGGCACCAGCAAUGGCGAUGCCAGCCCCAAGACUGUUGCCAAUGGUAGUAAAGCAGGCAGCCUGAGGAGCGAGGGUCGAACAUGUCUGUUGGAGUGUGGAGACAACUGUGCCGAUAGUUCUCAGUGCUGUCCCACCGACGUCAAACCUCCGAAGAAAUGA